GUCUACCUUUUGUCUUUAGGAUUUGGCACUCACUUGCUUCAGUCAAUGCACGAAUUUUCUGGUCAACUUCCACCAACGCCAUCAAUGCAACCACCUGCUCCACCUCCUCCACCGCCAAUCCUACCAACAUCUACACCAUUGCCAUCGUCGGUGGUAACAACCUAUAGUUUCUCCAAUUUGCCCCACCAUCAACAUGGGUCAAACACAACGGCGACAACUCAAAUAUCGUCAUCCAGUAAAUCAGCCACAUCGACUACCAAGGCGCAUGACAGCAAGCAAGUUGUUGCCAAUGCUGCCACCAACACCAAUACCUCCACUGCUUCUAGACGUCUAAUAACCGGCAGUAAACGCUCGAGACGACAGAGAACUCACUUCACGAGUCAACAACUGCACGAAUUAGAGACUACAUUCAUGAGAAAUCGAUAUCCCGACAUGAAUAUGCGCGAGGAACUGGCUGCGUGGACGGACUUAACUGAAGGCAGGGUUCGAGUCUGGUUCAAAAAUCGUCGCGCAAAGUGGCGUAAACGCGAGCGUCACUUAGAGGCUUUGCGAACUAACUUUAGCCAUCCUCAUCACAAUCACACCAAUCCACAUCAAAACCCAUUUGCUCCUCUUCUUCUCACCUCAUCUCAAAGCCACCUUUUACCUCCUCACCAGCCGCCACCCGCACCACCACUUAAUCAACCACAUCAACAUGCCAACAUCUCUGCUACCGCAGCAGCAGCUGUUGCCAUGGUAGCGUGGAGACAAACAACGAAACCUCAAACAUCAGCAGGGCUUAUUUGGCCUCCUGUGCGACCGGAAGAAGUGGAGGGUCCCUUACAGGCGUCUGUUCCACCUCCGCUAACCACACUACCACCAUCGUAUCCACUGUUUGCGUCAGAUUCAGCUGAGAAUAUUGGGACAAAGUGGAAGGUCGAUGAGGCUGGCAGCGAUAGCGAUGAUGAGGAAGAGGUGGAGGACGAUGAACAGGAGGAAGAGGAAGGGAGGGAAGAGGAGGAGGUAGUCUCAAGGUUCCUACAUGAGCAGAAUUUCCCACCGCAACCAGCUCCUCAACUGGCUCGGUCACUACAACAACACCAACACCAUAACAACUCCGCCUUCUAUGACUUCCAGCAACACACAAACCAUCACCAACUUGACCACCAGACAUUCCAGCAACAGAUUCAACGUGAAGGCUUAUUUGGGCGACUUCCAACAACGGAUGAGUUGCAGGAAAUUAGUGGACUUCAAUUUGGGCAAUCAGACGGAAAUUUACUUUCUUGA